AUGGGAAAUCACACCUCGGUUACACAGUUCAUCCUCCUGGGAUUUCCUCUCGGCCCAAGGAUGCAGAUGCUCCUCUUCACCCUCUUCUCCCUAUUCUAUGCCUUCACUCUCCUGGGGAACGGGACCAUCGUGGGGCUCAUCUGCCUGGACUCCAGACUCCACACUCCCAUGUAUUUCUUCCUGUCCCACCUUGCCAUCGUUGACAUUGCCUAUGCCUGCAACACCGUGCCCCAGAUGCUGGUGAACCUUCUAGAUCCAGCCAAACCCAUCUCCUUUGCUGGCUGCAUGACACAGACCUUUCUCUUCUUGACAUUUGCUAUCACAGAAUGCCUCCUCCUCGUGGUGAUGUCCUAUGAUCGGUACGUGGCCAUCUGCCACCCGCUCCGAUACUCUGCCAUCAUGAGCUGGAGAGUUUGUAUUACCCUGGUGGCGACUUCCUGGAUUUUAGGAGUCCUCUUGGCCCUGGUCCAUCUAGUAUUACUAUUACCAUUGGCCUUCUGUGGAUCUCAAAGAGUCAAUCACUUUUUCUGUGAAAUUAUAGCUGUCCUCAAACUUGCCUGUUCAGACACUCACAUCAAUGAGGUCAUGGUUUUGGCUGGCGCCGUAUCUGUGCUUGUAGGACCAUUUUCUUCAAUUGUGGUCUCUUAUGCUCAUAUUCUAUGUGCCAUCUUGAAGAUCCAGUCACGCCAGGGGCGCCAGAAAGCCUUCUCCACCUGCUCCUCCCAUCUCUGUGUCGUUGGACUCUUUUAUGGUACAGCCAUUGCCAUGUACAUUGGGCCUCAACAUGGGAACCCUGAUGAACAGAAGAAAUAUCUCUUGCUAUUCCACAGCCUUUUUAAUCCUAUGCUCAACCCACUUAUCUAUAGUUUGAGGAACAGAGAUGUCAAAAGUGCUCUGAAGAGGAUGUUCAGAAAGGAGGAUACCUCUCAAGAGCCUUAA